AUGGACCAAGACCAAAGCCAAACUGUGAGAGACGGUGCCGUCCUUCCAACUGAUAAGAGGUUUUCCUGUACUGAGUGCGGGAAGUGUUUCUAUUAUAAAUCUCACCUUGAUAUACAUAAAAGAUCUCACACAGGUGAGAAGCCCUAUUCCUGCCCUGAGUGCGGGAAAUGUUUUUCAGUCAAGUGCAGUCUUGACAGACAUCAGAAAUUUCACAUGGGGAAGAAGCCGUUUUCCUGCCCUGAGUGCGGGAAAUGCUUUGGACAAAAAUCAACUCUUGUCCAACAUCAAAGCACUCACAUGGUAGAAAAACCAUAUUCCUGUCCUGAGUGCGGGAAGUGUUUUACAAAUAAAUCAGCUCUUGUCGCUCAUCGAAAGUCUCACACAGGGGAAGAGCCGUAUUCCUGCCCUGAGUGCGGGAAAUGUUUUUUAUAUAAAUCACGUCUUGUCACACAUCACAGGUCUCACACAGGGGAGAAGCCUUUUUGCUGUUCAGAGUGCGGGAAAUGUUUUGUAGAGAAGUCUGCUCUCAGUUAUCAUCAGAGAUUGCACACCGGUGAGAAGCCGUAUUCCUGUCCUGAGUGUGGGAAAUGUUUUAUAAAAAAAUCUGAAAUCGUCGCACAUCAGAGAAAACACACGGGGGAGAAGCCAUAUUCCUGUCCUGAGUGUGGGAAAUGUUUUUCAGACAAAUCCUCACUUUGCAGACACCAGAGAUGGCACACAGGAGAGAAGCCGUAUUCCUGUUCUGAGUGUGGGAAAUGUUUUGUUGUAAAAUCCCAUCUUGUCACACAUCAAAGGUUUCAUACGGGGGAGAAGCCGUAUUCCUGCCCUGAGUGCAGCAAAGGUUUUUCAGACAUAUCCUCUUUUCGCAGACAUCAGAGAUCUCACACGGGAGAGAAGCCACUUUCCUGUCCUGAGUGAGGAAAUUUUUCCUCACUGAA